GGCGGCGAUAGCGGCGGGGAGGAAGAAAAGGAUGCCACGGAAGCUGUUGUUGCCUUAUAAAUCUGCGUUCCCCCCUUUCGGAGCUCCAAGGGCUUCGCAUGACUCCUUGGCAAUGAACGCGGCCAGAAGCGGCUACCGGGUCUUCUCGGCGAACUCCACGGCGGCCUGCACGGAGCUGGCCCGGCGGAUCACGGAGCGUCUUGGUGUCGAGUUGGGGAAAUCUGUGGUGUAUCAGGAGACCAAUGGAGAAACAAGAGUUGAAAUAAAAGAAUCAGUCCGAGGACAGGAUAUUUUCAUUAUACAGACGAUCCCCAGAGAUGUGAACACUGCGGUCAUGGAGCUGCUGAUUAUGGCUUAUGCCCUGAAGACCUCCUGCGCCAGGAACAUCAUUGGGGUCAUCCCUUACUUCCCCUACAGCAAGCAGAGCAAGAUGAGGAAGAGGGGCUCGAUCGUCUGCAAGCUGCUGGCUUCCAUGCUAGCCAAGGCAGGUUUAACGCACAUUAUCACUAUGGACCUUCAUCAAAAGGAAAUCCAAGGCUUCUUCAGCUUUCCAGUAGACAACCUGAGAGCCUCCCCUUUCCUUCUGCAAUAUAUACAGGAAGAAAUUCCAGACUACAGAAAUGCAGUUAUUGUAGCCAAAUCUCCCGAUGCAGCAAAAAGGGCUCAGUCUUACGCCGAGAGAUUGCGCCUGGGCCUAGCAGUGAUACACGGGGAGGCCCAGUGUACGGAGCAGGACAUGGAUGAUGGUCGUCACUCGCCUCCCAUGGUCAAAAAUGCAACUGUGCAUCCUGGCCUGGAGCUGCCACUGAUGAUGGCCAAGGAGAAACCGCCGAUAACUGUGGUGGGAGAUGUCGGAGGAAGAAUUGCCAUCAUUGUGGAUGACAUCAUCGAUGACGUGGAGAGCUUCGUAGCUGCUGCAGAGAUCCUGAAGGAGAGAGGAGCCUACAAGAUAUUUGUGAUGGCCACUCACGGGCUCCUGUCGGCCGACGCGCCACGGCUCAUCGAGGAGUCCUCCAUCGAUGAGGUGGUAGUAACCAACACGGUCCCUCAUGAGGUACAGAAGCUGCAGUGCCCCAAGAUAAAGACUGUGGAUAUCAGUUUGAUCCUCUCUGAAGCCAUCCGACGAAUCCACAACGGGGAGUCCAUGGCCUAUCUCUUCCGCAACAUCACUGUUGAUGACUAGGUCGGGCAAUGCCCCUGUCCAGGCUCCCGUGAGAGAAGGAGAUGUGCAUGAAAAGGCAACACCGUAAAUUAUAGACGUAACACAACUGUUUAUUCUUGUAGGGAGGGUGAAGGUUUUCAGGGACUUGAGCCAUGAGAUGCAACAGAAAAAAAAAGUCAACUCAACCAGCACUUUAUAGGUGAACAGAAGUGGCCACUGGCUGUGGGGAGGAUUAUAGGCGUAUACUUUAAUUGAAAGAGAAAUAAGAAGGCUUUAAAUGUUUAAAUUCCUUUAUUUUUUGUAGUGUUGUCUCUUGCUCU